AUGGCCGCGGCGCCGGAGCCCGGCGAGCCCGCGAAGGGGAAGCUCUUUAAGCUCCUAGGCAUUUUCGGUGUUGAAAAUAUUCCCUGUGCCCGGGAUUCAAUAUUGUAUGGUUCAUUACGAUCUGUUGUGGCUGGCUUUGGACUUUUUUCUUUUUUAUUGUUGUUAAUUAGUAGAAUUAGAAGAUCAGGUGAUGUUGGAGUAGGAGGAUUUAUCUUAGUGACUUUGGGAUGCUGGUUUCACUGUAGAUACAAUUAUGCAAAGCAAAGAAUCCAGGGAAGAAUUGCCAGAGAAGGAAUGAAAAAUAAGAUAUUAUAUGAAAGUACCCACCUUGAUCCUGAAAGAAAACAAACCAAGGGCAACGGCAGCAGUUGAACAACCUUGAGCAGAGAAAACCAGACUCCCUCAAGUCAGUGUGAACAAAGCUAAGCUCAACCACGAAAAACAUUUUGCAUACAAU